UUAGUAUGAGGUUGAUUCUGGUAGCUUCCACUCUUGCUUAGCCCCCGUGUGCAGAGAAAUUGAUAGCAGAAGUGUUGCGGUAGUGAAUCGUUUUUGGUUGGUGUGGAUUUUGAUCUCCAGAAAGAAAUAUCUGCUAAAAAAGAGGAUAAUAAAACAUAAUCAAAAAUGUCGCUACGACUUGUAUCAUCGCCCUACUUUCGCCGUUUCUUACUGGCAAAUAAUGGCAAGACCGUUCCAUCACGCGCCAUGAGUCGUGAUCCUUACUACGAUCCCCGAGGAUUCACUUUCACCGAUAUGAAAAAGAACCCAGCGGUUAUCCCACUGGUCGUCAUCAUUGGCGCUACCGUAACGGGUCUGCUUGGGUACUGUACGUACGCUUCGCUUACCCGUCCAGAUGUUAGCCUUAAUAAGAAAACCUACGAAUGGGAUACCAUGGACGUCAUGAAUCCAAAGAAGUUGAAGAUGCGCGUCUUCAACCAGGAAUACAAACCGAUGCCGGAACUGAACGAAGCACUUUCUUACCGGGAGGGGUAUGCCAAGCAGCAGGAGUCUUAAUAAGAUCACCGCCUAGAUACGACCAUAUAUCGCUGUUGUUGUUAUUAAUAACAAGAUCUUGAAAACAAGUGUUGCGCUUUGGUAAUACAUAUAGAGUCAUAUAGCUUCAAUUAACUAGCAUGAGCACAUCCGUCGUUUUACAACAUCAUCCUAUCCGCACGCGCUUAUCGCUUCAGCAGCUGAAGUAAGAAUGCACAGCAGAAUGCCGCACGAGAACUAUCGUUACUUAAGGUGAAACAUCUCGGAAUCCAAAGACGGCCGACUUAUGACACUACUCGCGAUUUUGAAGUCACUAAAUAUAAGAAAUUGUGAGUCAACGAAGCUGAACUUCUUAUUUUAAGUUUGUCAAUGGUGUCUGUUGCUUCUUUCGCGAGAUUUGUGUGUUUAGAUACAUAAUUGACGUUGGAUUCUAUAAUGUAUCACCUUAAAACGCUCCGCUCGUGGGCUUCGAUUUGCUGCAGCAGCAGCCAGCGUUAGAUGUUUCAAACCAAUAAAUUAUUAUACCUCGUAGUGUUUAGUCGCUGUUAGUAAAGUUAGCAAGCAGAGUGCAAAAUAUAAUACAGCUCAGAGCUCAGUAGUCGGUCUCACUCUCGAUUCGUGAUCUAAGCGAAUCGUGACCUGGUGAGAUUAGAGAAGCA